AGUCAUGAUAUAUCUAUAUAAACUCUAAAUACUUUUCCCACAAAUAAAUUAACAAAAAUACUCCAUCACCAUGAAAGAAUUAAUUUUCAUUCCUCUAGCAGGAUUAGGUCACCUAGUAUCAGCCAUUGAAUUUGCAAAACAAAUACUAAAAAGAGAUGAAAAUUUUUCCAUUUCUGUUCUCAUAAUGAAACUUCCUUUAGACUAUGGGGUACAAAAUUUCAUUCAUUCUCUCAAUUCUCAACCCCGUUUGAAAUUCGUCGAUAUCACUCUAGAUGAACAAACAUCUUCUGGAUUCCUCAAGAACCACGAGACGUUCCUCUAUGAUUUCAUCGAUGGUCACAAAUCACUCGUACGAGAAUAUGUUCACAACAUUUCCAAAACAAGUUCGUGUUCUGGUUUCAUUCUUGACAUGUUUUGUACCUCGAUGAUUGACAUGGCCAACGAGUUUAAUGUCCCGAGUUAUAUUUACUUUGCUUCAAACGCUGCUUUUCUUGGCUUAUGUCUUCAUUUCGAAGUCCUGAGAAAUGAACAAAAUUUAGACACGUCUAAGUACAUGAACUCGAAUGAGGAAUUAUCGAUCCCAAGUUUUAAAAACUGUCCUACUAAUGUUUUGCCUGAGCAUUUGUUAGAUUCAAGAGUCGCGUCAAAGCUGUUUUUUAAUGGAAUUCGUCGAUUCAAAGAGACUAAAGGGAUUAUUGUUAAUACAUUUUUCGAGCUUGAAUCGUUUUCUCUUCAGGCUCUAUCGAAUUCUGAGAUGAGGGUUCCAAAAAUUUAUCCAGUUGGUCCAGUGGUUAGUUUUGAAAAAAGCGGUCAUUGUCUAAGUAAUCCAUCGGAGACUGAAAGUAUUAUUAAGUGGUUAGAUGAUCAACAGGAUUCAUCUGUAGUGUUUUUGUGCUUUGGUAGUAUGGGAAGUUUUGAAGCAGAACAGAUCAAAGAAAUUGCAACUGCACUAGAGCAUUUUGGUCACAGGUUUUUGUGGUCUUUAAGAAAAUCUCCACCAAAGGGAAAAGUAGAUAUACCAACAACUUACAACAACUAUGAAGAAGUGCUGCCAGAAGGAUUCUUGGAGAGAACAAAAGAGAUUGGAAAAAUAAUAGGAUGGGCACCGCAAGUAACGAUAUUAUCCCAUCCAUCGAUAGGAGGAUUUGUGUCACAUUGUGGAUGGAAUUCAAUUCUAGAAAGUGUGUAUUUUGGUGUGCCAAUUGCAACUUGGCCAAUCUAUGCAGAACAACAAAUGAAUGCAUUCUUGUUAGUGAAAGAAUUGGGACUCGCUGAGGAGAUAAAAUUGGACUAUGUUGUUGAUUUCGAGGGGAAAAAUAGUCAAGUUGAUAUAGUGCGCGCUCAAGAUAUUGAACGCGGUUUAAUAAGGUUGAUGGUAAAAAGCGAAGAGAAUGAAGUGAGGAAAAGAGUAAAGGAAAUGAGGGCGAAGAGCCGAGUAGCUAUGGCGGAAGGGGGAUCAUCUUAUAACUCUCUUGGACUUCUAAUUGAGGAUGUAAACACCAAUAACAUUUCCUAAGACAAGUUACACAGCGAUCAAGCUCGGUGGACUGAGUUAUUCGAUACUUAUAUUGAUGUGAGGUAGUAGAAUCACAUAUGUUAUAUAGUAAAAUCCUUAGUUCUUAACAUGAUGAAAAAAAGAAGAGAAAAGAUAUUUGGUAUAAGUGUCCAUCUAUUUUUAAAAUGGAUUGUACUUUUCACUUUUUGAUUGAUGAAGAAAGUUCUGGUUUUCUU